AUGGCCUCGGUCGCUACUUCCAUCGCUUCGGCGGAUGCGCAAUCCUUCCCGCAACAUCUCAAGAUGCCCACCUGCAACUCCAGAGCUCCGCUCAAGAAGAGAUCCAAGAGGAAGCAUGAGAGUCUCUCUAGUUCUCUGUGUGCGACCCUUGUCGAGCACCAGUUGGGCCUGUCAAUCAACGUCCUCAUGCUUCUCGUCAUGACGCACAUCUGCUUCCCCAGCCUCCGCUCCUCGACCAUCCACUACUUCACGCUAUCCUACUAUGAUGCGCAGACGGGUCUCUACAACCCCGGCUGCCAGGACCUGAAGUUCGUCUCGCUCUGUAUCAUCGUCUUCACCGCUCUUCGCGCUGCCGCCAUGGACUAUGUUCUGGUCCCAAUGGCCAGGAAAUGUGGCAUCCACAAGAAGAAGGCUACCAUUCGCUUUGCCGAGCAGACAUGGUUGGUCCUGUACUAUGCCACUUUCUGGAUCCUCGGAACAUAUCUUGUCUACGAAUCCCCCUACUUCAACAACCUGCCCGCAAUGUGGUCAGACUUCCCGACACGCUCCAUGACUGGCCUGUUCAAACUGUACUAUCUGGCUCAAUUCGGUUUCUGGCUGCAGCAAAUUCUGGUCAUCAACAUUGAAGAGCGCAGAAAGGAUCAUUGGCAAAUGUUCACCCACCACAUCAUUACAUGCUUGCUAUUGAUUGGCAGCUACGGCUACUACCAGACAAAGGUAGGCAACGUCAUCUUGUGUCUGAUGGACGUGGUCGAUCUGGUCUUCCCUAUCGCCAAGCUGCUCAAGUACAUGGGCUUGCAAACCGCUUGCGACAUUGCCUUCGGCGUUUUCAUGCUGUCCUGGUUCGUCGCUAGACACGUCUUCUACCUCGCCGUCUGCUGGUCCCUCUACGCCGACGUUCCCGUCGAAAUGCCCUACGGCUGCUACAAUGCCGUGACUGGCGACAAGACCUCCGAGGAUGGUGGCAGUGAUGUCCUUUCCAAUGUUCUGCACGCCUACACUAGCGGCAGCGCCGACGUAUGCUUCAACAAGAAGAUCCACUACGGCUUCCUGGGCCUACUACUCGCACUCCAGGUCAUCACCAUCAUUUGGUUCGGCAUGAUCUGCCGCGUCGCAUAUCGUGUUAUUCUAGGCAAAGGAGCCGACGACACUCGCUCUGAUGACGAAGAAGAAGAAGAAGAAGAGGAAGAGGGGGAAGAGGAUACCCUGGAGACUGUGAGAGACUUUUCUACAAAGGAGCCUGAGCUCCGAUUGGCACCACAAGAGGAGGAGGUCGGUGUUGAGAGCCUUCGAUUCACCCGGCGACCCAGCCCAGCGGCAAAGCGGACCGCUGAGAAGAGCCGUGCCAGUGGCAUCAGCAUACCCGGCAACCACAAAGAACUGCUGGGCCGCAUCGGUUGCGACAAGCCAGCAGGUGGGUCCUAG